AUGAAGAGCCAACACAUCGCCCUACCAGGUCUCCAAGCCGUAGCCGUCGCCUUCCUCGGAGCCCGCGGCGCCUCAGCAGGAAAAGUCUUUUGCGCCGAUGCCAACAACAAAGUAGUCGCCGACACCAAAUGCGACAGUAAAGCGCCUGCCAACACUUUCUACAUGUUCAACAGCGAGGGGGAACAUCCCGUUGGAAGCACUGUCGACGAAAGCCAGGUGGACUUGUAUGAUAGCGCCGAUAUGAUUGAGCGCCAGAACGCGCGGUUUCCACCGGAUUAUGAGAUGGAGUUGGAGGGGUUUGGGAAGAGGCAGGAGUGUGGUGGUGGUGGUAGCCGGGGAGGUUGA